CCUCCAGCAGCCACCGUACGUGGGUGAAGUAGGAAGUCUGCAGGAGGCUCUGAGAGCGCCGGACAUUUGAGUGACGGGCUGUCAGCUUCCGUUGCCAUGGGGCUCCCGGGCUACGUUCCAUUGUUGCUGGCGCUGAGCUCCUAUGACCGAGGAGCGGUUGCCCAGGUGCCCCUGGUGCUCAAUACGUGGGGCUUUGCAGACGCUGCGCAGCGGGCAUGGAGUACUCUUGCCUCUGGGGGUUCAGCUCUGGAUGCAGUGGAACAAGGGUGCAGGCAAUGUGAAGUCGAGCAGUGCGAUGGCACUGUGGGGUAUGGAGGAAGCCCGGAUGAACUUGGGGAGACAACACUGGAUGCAAUGAUAAUGAAUGGUAACACAAUUGAGGUUGGUGCAGUCGGAGGCCUUCGAAGGAUUAAGAGUGCGAUCAGUGUUGCUCGGGCAGUGAUGGAACACAGUACCCAUACACUGUUGGUGGGGGAGUCAGCAUCAAAUUUUGCUCAGAACAUGGGCUUCCUCAGUGAAGAUUUAACAACAAACAGAUCCUUGCACUUGCAUGCAGAGUGGCUACGCAAAAACUGCCAGCCCAACAGCUGGAAGAACGUCUCGCCAAAUCCUGAGACUUCUUGUGGACCGUACAAACCAAUCAAGGCGCUGGGGUCAAAACAGCGUAUGAUGCCAAGACAGUGGGUCAAUUUACACAACCAUGACACGAUUGGUAUGAUUGCAAUCGAUAAGCUUGGAAAUAUUGCUGCGGGGACAUCCACUAAUGGUCGAAUCCAUAAAAUUCCAGGCCGUGUAGGGGAUUCACCAAUAGCUGGAGCAGGUGCUUAUGCCGACAGCACAGCAGGAGCUGCAGCGGCAACUGGAGAUGGUGAUGUUAUGAUGCGAUUCCUUCCAAGCUACCAGGCUGUGGAAUAUAUGAGAGCGGGCAUUGAACCAACCAUAGCAUGUCAGAGAGCUAUUAAGAGGAUCCAAAAGUAUCAUCCAACCUUUUUUGGUGCCAUAAUCUGUACCAACAUGACUGGGAGUUAUGGUGCGGCAUGCAGUAAAACUGUAGGAUUUGAUCAAUUCCAUUUUAUGGUUUACAAUCGUGCGAAAGGCUCUGAACAAAUAGUGGACUGCGUUUAAUGCUCUGCAGGUGCAUCACUUGCAAGAUACUUUGAAGACUUCUAAGAUUCAGAUUAUUUGCAAUCAAUGGUAUUUAUACUGUAGUUGGGUUUUAACUAUUGUUUGAUAAACACUUCUUGAAGAGCCUUAGAAUAAUCUGCUUUGUUAAAGCACUAAAUAAAUUAUUUUUGAUGUAAAUGCCAACCAGCUACAUUUCAGCUGCAAUCUUCUAAAAUUUUAAAAAUGAGCUGUAGAAAUUGAGCCUUGCCUUCUCUGAUUUGCUAAUUAAAUGUGUGUGCAGGUUAAGUAUAAAGGGUGUUAGUCAUGUGCAAAACAUCUACUUUGUUUACAGUUUCUACAUGUACACGGGAAAAAGCCAUUGCAACAGUAUUGUGGCGACCCACUUUCUAGCACCCACGAACUGGCUCACAACAGCGCACGCAGGCAGCGGGCCGGCCCCAAAAAGGGCGCCAGGCCAUCUUCACCAGCAGGGGGAAAAUCCCGCGCACGGAAAGGGUCUGGGAAUAUGCAUUCCCCACAGCAGUCCCCGGUGCGAGGGUCGGGACGAUGAGAGGGCAGUUCCGGGGGUCCGGAACGCGCUGGAUCGAAGGACCUACUGGAGAAACAUCAUCGGAUUCUGAAUUCUUGGCCUAAGUAACAACUUCUCCUACAUAAUCAUGUUGAGUUCUGCCCACAAUAUUCUCUCCACACAGGAGGGUGCAAACACUACUGGACCGACUCCCCCACCCAACAGCACCCGGAGGCCCAGUGCCUCUGUCCCAGGGGGUGGCACGAAUAGAGGUGGACGUUUCGACUGUAAACCCAUCUCCACUGCGGUACCGUGUAUUGUUCUGUUGUUUCUCGGCCAUCACCAGCUUUAUUGUCGUCUCCUUCUCCAUCGUAACUUGGAUCAGCCUCCUGGGGGUGGUGUUUGCAAGUGUCUCCUCAGGCCUGGGGGAGUACACCUUUCUGUCACUGACAGCACACUUCCAAACGGAGGUUGUGUGGGGUAGGGCAGGAACGGGAAGGCUUUAAAGCAGGCUGCGAAGUUUGAAUAAAUCUCUUUCAUUGCAA